AUGGGGGGCCCAACGAUAAACGAGGCAUAUUUUAUUUCCUUGUUCGCAGAGGCGAUCUUGUUUGGCAAGAUGAUCGCGCUGAUCGUCAUCAUGUACUGCAUGUCUACGGCGCACACUGCGCUGGGACUGCGCAUAAACCUCAUUGCCUUGACCAAGCAACACGGACUUAAUAGCGGGAAUUCGAUUCUCAGCACCCGAGGGACCUCUCUAAUGUGGAUAGAGGAGUGCUUGGAGAUGGUCAACUGCGUUAUCGGUGAUGCAGUCGUCUGCUGGAGGACGUGGGUCCUCUACGGACGCAAACGGAGGGUUCUGAUUUUUCCUGUUGUAUGCAUUGUAGGCGGUAUCGUAUCUGCGGCGGGUUUGGCUGUGUCUCUAGCCGAGUCAGGAUCAGGAGAUCAGCUGUUCACAAGCAGAACAAGGCUGUGGUUCGUGCUCUUCGGAGGGCUCACAUUCAUCGCGAAUAUGUACUCGGUGGUGCUGCUCUGCUGGAAAGCUCGGUCUCUGCGGUCCCACAUCGGACUCUUAGGAAAAUCCCCAUGCCGGAGUGCCCUGGUAAUCAUCGUUGAAUCCGGCGCAGUUUACUGCCUCUCUUGGGUCAUUGUCACGGCGUUGUUUCUUCUCGAGAGUAACGGCGUUUACGCCAUGGUCAGUAUGAUGAACCACCUCACGGGUAUGUACCCGACGGCCAUCAUCAUCCUCGUCUGCCUCAAGAUCACCUUUCACGACGAUGUGACUCGCCAUGAGACACUUGAGACACUGCGAUUCGACACAGGCAGCAGGAGAUUCAUUGGACAGUGA